UUCCUGAUCUGGAAUUUCCCCUUUUUGUGCCAUUUAAAAGCAUCGCUGAGGGCAAUGUGAGCCCAGUGCGCUUCAAACAGAAAUACAAGGUUGUGUACAAGACUAUGUAGUAUUUAGUGCAAAGAAGAGGACAAUAGAAGAGAGCAGGUGUUGCAUGUUUUUUAAAUGGGAAAUCUGUUGGGCAGCUGGCGUUUCAAGGAGCCGAGCACCGUUGAGGAAUGCGACUCGACGUGGGGGUCGGACUCCGAGAGCGACGAGCCGGCGGCGGCUGAGGAUGACAGCGGCAUCUCCGACUCUGUCAGCCCGGUGGAGAGCGACCGGUCCGCCGGAGAUACGUCCCCGCAGCUGACAGAAUCUCCAGAGUCUGUUCCAAAGAUGAAGAGGAGUUUCUAUGCUGCCAGGGACCUCUACAAAUACCGGCAUAGCUACCCGAACUACAGAAAGUCCCGGCAACCCAGCGAGUAUCGUAACCUGCGCUUCUACCUGAACAAGAUCCCUCUAGUACCUGAUGGUAUCUAUAUAGAGGAGAUUCUGACUAAGUGGAGAGGCGACUAUGACAAACUGGAGCACAAUCACACCUACAUUCAGUGGCUGUUUCCGUUAAGAGAACAAGGGCUCAACUUCUACGCACAUGAACUGACUCAGGACGAGAUCAAAGAAUUCCAAAGCACUCGGGAAGCUAAGCGCAGAUUCCUGGCGGCCUAUUCCCUGAUGUUGGACUUCUACGGCAUCAAACUGCUGGAUAAGAGUGGUAAUGUUGCCCGGGCUCCCAACUGGCAGGAGCGUUUCCAGCACCUAAAUGAGUCCCAGCACAACUACCUGCGCAUCACCCGCAUCCUGAAGUCCCUGGGCGAGCUGGGCUACGAGGCCUUCAAGGCCCCGCUGGUCCGUCUGUUCCUGGAGGAGUCGCUGUGCCGCAACACCCUUCCCAACAUGCAGCACAGCGUCCUCGAGUACUUUGUCUACACCAUCCGCCUGCCGGCCACACGCAGACGCCUGCUCCGCUACGCCCACCAGCACUAUAGGCCUGCCCACGCCUUCCUCUGGGGCCCGCCGCCCAAACGGCGAGGGGGUGGUGUCGGAGGUAGCGUAGGCGCUGGGAGUAGUGGGAUCAGAGCACCUGCUCCUACACCAGAGCAACACAGGAGGGGGGAGGAGAGCACCAGCUUCCCAUCUGCAAGUAGCGGGGUUAUUGUGUCUUCCCAUGAUGCCAUGCUGUGCCCAGACCUGGCUGCAGGAGCGCCAAAGGGCCGCAUAGGACUUGCUUCGAAUACGGCUGGACUGGAGGGAGCGCUGAUGAUGGCGGGAGGGAGAGGAGAGAGGAACGAGUACAAUGAGAUUGUUCCUUUGUAGUGGGAUGGGCUUUGAUUGUUUUCUGCUUUCUGGCAAUCGGUGCAGUUGUAAAGUAAAACGAAAAUCAUUGUUCCAGAACUUUAUUCUUAGCAGAGUUACGAAGCUUCUGGACGCUGAAGCUUAGGGGCAAGACUAGGGAUGUAACGAUUCAACUCACUCAACUCAGGAUUCGAUUCAUGAUACGAUUUUCUCCUUCUCCAGGGUUUUUUUAUAACCAAAUGAGCUGCAAAAAAUUACUGAAAAAUAUUCCUUUAUUUCUAUUCUAUCUAUAACUGUGUAAAACAACAGAUGUUGUCCUCUUAUCAAAAGUGCAACUGAAAUUGAAUUUUAUCUUAAAUUACAAAAAUGUACUACAAAAUGAAUAAUUAGAUUUCUAAAACAAAUCCCACCAUCAAAAUAACGAAAUAAAUAGAAAAAAAGAUCUCUUCAAAUAAAUCGACUAAGAAGACGUAGUGACGUCUCGAGUCAAACAAGUGGAAUAAAAAGUAGAUCACGCCCUAGGCCGUUUUAAAAGUAGCAUCGCGAUUCAUUUUUUAUCCCAACUGGUUGUAAUCUAAACACAUUUUAUAUAUUGUUUUUUUAACUGCUUUACAAUGCAUCGUUACAUCCCUAGUCAAGUAAUAGUAAUAGUAACACAUUCAUAGAGUCUGACAAAUGUGUCAUUAGAAUCAAUUCAGGUUAAGGGCUUACCAUAAACAGCUAUGAUGAUGUUAUUUCUUGGCUGAUAAAGGUGUUUUAACUGUACUGAAUAUGGGACAGGGUUUUUGCGGCGGUGGGAGGUCACAUGCUGAGCCAAGCUUAACAAACUCGCCUUGGACCAAAUCCCUAAACCAUCUAAACCACUAGACCCAAGCGUGUCGUGCGUUGCAAGGCUUUUUCCUCAUCAGGGCUAUUAUUACGAAACCACUCAGACCAGGGGUGUCAAACAUAUGGCUCGUGGGCCAGAACAGGCCCGCCAAAGGGUCCAAUCAGGUCCACUGGAUGACUUUGCAAAGUGUGAAAAUUGCGGAGAAGUAAUUCAUUCCAAUUCCAAAUUUACCACUUUAAGUUCAGAGAAUAUCCAAGUUCUUUUUCCUGUUUUUUCAAUACAAUGGCCUUAAAACACCGUCGUAGCAGAAGCAACUUGCGUUUGCCAACCGCAAACUGACAAGAAACUCUGUGGCAGAUACAGUUUCUGAUCUUUCUGGAGUGGUUUACUGGUCUGGCCUACUUGAGAUCAAAUUGGCGGUAUGUGGCCCAUGAACUAAAAUGAGUUUGACACCCCUGAAGACGGAAGAUUGCCUUAUUGAAUGUUUUGGUGUGGAGCUGUGGCAGAGGACGGAUGUGGUUACUGAUACUGAAGACCAUUUUUAGAACCAAAGGUGCUGAUGGGCAUGUUGGUCUUGCGAUGGUUUUGGGGAACAAAAGUCCCGUCUACUCCUCAAAUAUUGUAGCUGGAGCUCCACUGCAAAAAAAAAAAACU